UCUUGUUUCUCAAACACUAUUCAUUUGUCAACAAGUAUAAGAACAUGCAACUUGUACAUUGAUCGAUAUUUUACAUACCAUUAUGAACAUCAAUAAAGUUGACAAUCACGAGUUUAUUUUAGAUUAUGGAGCCAAAAUAGAUGCAGCUAUAAUGAAAUCAUUAUAUAAAGAUUAUGGUUUAGAGCAAGAUGGAUCUAAACCAAAUACAUGCAUAAAUUUUGCAAUCCAAGUUAAUAAUAGUCAAAAUAGUCCAACAAAAAUACAAUAUGGACAUUUUAAAUUUGAUGAUUUGGCAUCUGCUGAUAACGAUAUCAUAGGGAUGAUGUGGGAACCAGAACUAGACUUUGUUGAUGAUCCAGAAGGCUCUAACGAGUUUAAAAAUAAUGAUGUUCCAAUGAGAUUUAUGUGUGGCGUAUGUUUAGGUCAAUUUCGUACUAGAUGUGCUUUGGAUAUUCACUUUAGAGUUCACAGAGGGGAUAAACUAUUUAAAUGUGUACUAUGUGAUAAUAUAUUCAACGAAUUAGCUACUCUAAAACAGCAUAGAGAAUUACACAACAUAAAUGAACGGGUUACAUGUGGAAUUUGUGGAUUAGAUUUUACAGAAAUAUAUCACAUGAUAAAACAUAAAAAAAAGUAUCAUAUUAAUGAAUAAUAAAACAAUUUAUUAGUCUAUGCUUUAUAGACCUGGUAAAUAAAUACAUUUAUUAUUGUACAAUGAAAUAUUUGGUUGCUUUUUUAUUGAAAAUCAUCUUAUUUUAUCCACUAGACACAAAAACUGGGAUUUCAUAACAUUAUGAUACUAAUAAUAUUAAAUCACUAUUUCAGUAUCACCUAAUUCUUCUUCGGUGGGUAGUUGUAUCAAAUUGGGUUGUAUGUAAUUAGGAUCGAUGAGUGGUAAGCCUUGAUCUUCUCUUCUUCUCAGUUCGAGGAAAGCUUCUCUUUCUCCCCAAUUCUUGUAAUUGUAGUCUGGCAUAUAUGCAAACAUAAAUAUA